AUAGCUUCAGAUAAUUCGAAUUUUUAAAAAGUAGAUCCAAGUAUUUUACCGUACUUAAUUCAUUCCCACGAGAAAGUCUAAACAGUUUACGAUUAACACGAAAUUCGAGUAAUUAAAAAGUUCUUCAUAUGUGUAUUAAUAUUUAAUUUCGUGGGGGGUUCCUUCUUUAACCCUCUGCGCCCAUCGCAAAGCGCAAAGAAUCAUGUUGCCGACCAGUACUUUCUCUCCCAGCUUGAGCCCCCGAAUCGCGCCGUCCACUUUCUGUCGAAGAUGUCUUGUACGAUACCUAGCAGCAAGAAGACCACAGAAUAGAUCGAUAUCUACCUCUUAUUUAAAAAAACGAGCAGAGGCUGAUGAGCAAUGGAAACUUCAAGCCCAACAGAUUGAAGAAGGAAAGGUCCCGCAUCUGUGGGACAAGUUCAAAGAACGUGGAUAUAUCAAGGAUAUCGCAGGUACUGAGGACCAAAUUAAAGAGCUCAUGAAGCAGAAACGGAUAGGUGCUUAUGUUGGAAUCGAUCCUACCGCUCCCUCCCUUCACGUUGGCCAUCUACUUCCUCUGAUGCCCCUCUUUUGGAUGUAUUUGCACGGUUACAAAGCUAUCAGCGUCAUAGGUGGUGCGACAGCAAGGGUUGGCGAUCCUACCGAUCGAUUACAAAGUCGCGAUCCACUUGCAAAAGCCGACAUGUCCAUGAACGUAACCAAGAUACACUAUCAGUUAAAACGAAUAUGGCUUAAUGUUGAAGCUCAGGGGAGACGUUUCGGCUACGAAAAGCAGAACAGAAUAUGGAGUCGCGCGCUACUAAACAACAGCCAGUGGUACAUAAAUCUUCCCUUCAUCGACAUGUGUAGCCGAUUGUUUAAGGGAAUGCGACUUGGUCCUAUGCUUUCUCGCGAGACCGUUAAGCGUAGGAUGGAAAAGGGGGAUGGCAUGUCGCUUGACGAGUUCUUAUACCCUCUGAUGCAAGCCUGGGACUUUUGGCAUAUGUUCCGCAUUUUAGGUGUUCGUAUGCAGAUUGGAGGGUCUGAUCAGUAUGGAAACAUUAUCUCCGGCGUCGAAGCCGUCAAGUACAUACGGGACAACGAACCCAAUCCGAGUGAAAGACUUCCCGAUACUCUUCAUAAUACCCCCGUCGGGUUUACUGUGCCCCUUCUUACCGACUCGUCUGGCGCUAAAUUUGGAAAAAGCUCUGGAAAUGCUGUUUGGCUUAACCCGUUUAUGACGAGCUCGUUCGAUCUCUAUGGAUAUUUCAUGCGACGGCCGGAUGCCGACGUGGAGAAGUUACUGAAACUAUUUACAUUUCUUCCUCUGGAAGACAUUGAUAAACUUGUUGCAGAGCAUAAUCAAGACCCCCGAAAGCGCGUUGCACAGCAUGCACUCGCCUUUGAAGUGGUUGCACUAGUUCAUACAUUGGAAGCCGCCCACAACGCGCGGGACCAACACAAAGGAUUGUUCUCAAAAGAAGCAACUACAAGAUCUUCUUAUCCUAACGACCAGCCAGCAACAGCAAGCUUGGCGAGUUAUUUUAAUGUUGAUAUCAAGUUACCAGAAUCCUUAAUCUAUACCAAACCAAUAUCCCGUAUCUUAUAUGCUGCUGGCCUUGCGGAUAGUGUCACCGAUGGCAAUCGUUUGACGCAACACCAAGGCGCAUACGUUGGUGGAGAUCCAGGCCGAAGUGCGGCUCUCAACAGAGGCAUGCCUGAAGGCGGUUUGACAUUCACACCUGUUAAAAAUUGGUUCCCCCAGGAUACCAAAAACUUCCUCAUCGAUGGCAAGCUCUUGAUUCUACGUCGAGGAAAACACUUCAUCCGAGUUGUCGAAGUAGUCAGCGACGAGGAAUGGGAAGCUAGCGGUUUGAUGUAUCCCGGCGAACCGGGAACGGGCAAGUUGCGGAUACUGUUGGACUCGAUACAGCGAGCUGUCAAAGAGGAGGAUUUGGAUAUAGGGGAUGCUGAGCUAUCGAAGAAGCUUCUAGAUAGAGCAAAGGCCCUAUACAAAGAGGGAGGUCAGCAAAAAGCUGGUGUUGCCCAGCGCUACGUCCAGGCAAACCGCGCGGGAGAGAUUCUCAGCCAAACCUUUUUGAAUUCUCACCGAAAUACGGGGCCUAGUUCCGCCCGAGUAAAGACAGAAGCGAUUGAUAGGAUAUUAGAAAAAGCCCGCAAGGAAAUGAAAGAAGAACUCGAGAAAGAGGGGAAGAAGGAGAAGGGUGGGAAGGGAGGCAACGCGAACAGACGCCUGUCAAGUGAUGACGGCGACCUAGAUGUAUAAAUGUAUAACAAUCCCAAAUAUACCCAUCUCAAAUCCUCGCGACGACCCGUAUUCGCUCGUUUCGUAGAAAUUAAAACGAUGUGGAUGUUGCGUCACAUUUGUUCUCCGUCCGAUUGCAUGUUCAACGUAACUUCAUGCCUCUUAUGCCUUGAAUACCCUCACACCAUCGCGCAGGUGGGCUUAUAUUACAUUAGACUAUGAAUAACUUCCCUAGGCUUCCACCAACCAAGACUUGCGA